AUGUCCUGGGCCGCACAAGCCAGCCUGAAGCUGCCCGCCUCCAGCCUGGGAGCAGAUGCCUCUGAGAGAGACGCCGAGGAUGCAGCGGUGGCCGAGAGGUGCGGGCAACUGAGGAGUCGCCUCGGCAAGGUCUCGGAGGAAGAUUUGGGCUACGUCUUGGAUGCCUUCACCUCGCAAAUUCGGGAGACUUGGGGGCUUCGGCGUGCCUUGGCGGCGGAGAGGCAGCAGCAGGGCGGCAUGGCCGCCGCGGCCAUGGGCCCAAGAAGGAGCAACUUCCAGACGCAGAUCUUCGAGGCCGAGGCCAGGAGCGCGCAGAAGCAGGAGCUCCUGGAGACGGAGCUUUGUAGUGAGCUGGUGAAGGAGGCGAAGGGCUUGGCGGAGCACGUGGAGAUCCUAAGGGCGCGCGAUCGAACACGCGAUGCAAAGCAUGCCCACUGGGAAGAGGCGGCCUUGCGGCUCCCGGGCGUCCUGAAAGCAGAAGGGGCCUUGAGGCAGCGGGCCGAGGCGGUGGUUUCAGAGGAGAUGCAUCUCCAGGAAAGUGUGGAGGAGUGGCAGCGCCAAUCGGCGGCUGAGAUCUUGGCAUGUCGCUUCGAAGUAAACGACUUGCAGAAGCAGUGUGGCGAGCUUCGAGGAGAGCUGGUGCAGGCACAGGCGGUGAUGUCCAUAUCAUCCAGUGAGGUGCAGGCGGCGGCAGAGGUUGUUGGCCCAGAGCCUUCGGAACUCCGCGAUCGGCAGUAUUCGAGGACUGCAGCUGCCGCAGUCCGAUGGCACGACGCUGGGUCCGUUUUCGACGCCUUCGCUUCGCCGGUUCCUGAGAGGAGUCCACGGAUGAUGCCGGCGGACUUCGGACAUCUCUGCGAGCGCUUGCGGCGUGCUCAAGGCCGGAGGCCGAAACCCGAUAAGGACCGAAGGGACUUCGCAGACUUUGCCUUCGCCGCCGUCUUCGGCAGUGCCGCCGAUGUGGACAGGGGGACCUUUGCACGGCUCUUCCCGCAUUUCGCUUUGAUGUUGCACGAGCUGGAGGAGGCUUUCGAGCAGUCUGGAGAGUAG